AUGAUUUAUAUAUACUUAUUUAAGCUAUACUGGUACUCACUGAAUUUUUCAAGUCAGGAGUGCAAUGAAGUGCAUGGUUAUAUGGCAAGUGAAGAGUGUAUCCGACUUCAUGAAUUUGCUUGA